AUAGCGACAACAGUUCCAUUUAGACGCGGAUGGAAUGAUUUGACGUUCAUGGUUAGAAAACCGGUUAGCAAGUAUACAAAACAGACAAACACAGCUGCAAGCUAGACCAUGGAUGUCAGUCAAGAAGACCUGAGCAAACUGAGCAUCAACAACUCCUCUGAGGAUAUUGAAUUAGAUCAUUAUUUUCACGAAGAUUUUUACUCAUCUGCUGAUGAAGAUCAUGCCGAUGAAGAUGAUGUUUCAGAUAAAAUCCCAGAAUCAAUGCUCAAAUAUUUUGAAGCCUCUGAGAACAGAGCAAGUCAGUUUGAAAAGCUCAUCCUUGAGGACAGUGAAGAUGAAGAUUCCAGAGCGGCUGAGGUGUAUUCCAUAAUUUCAAGUCGUUCUGAAGACCUUUUAAUGGAACUGGCCUCUGACCUAGGCCUACACGAGGACCCAGUGAAGUUAAAAGAACAAGUCAUGUUAGAGAUCGAGGAUGAGAAGUUGAACGCUAUCCCCAACAAGGUCUGCCCUCACACUGUAUCUGACAGUGACAUUACAGACAGAGUGCCACACAACAGUGAGGAUGAUAUUGAAUGUGAUGCAUAUUUAUGGUCUGAAAAGCAACUCAGUUUGGAACUGAAAACUUUGGAGUGUAAGUUGAAAGAGGAGGAUGAGAGGAGAAUUGUGGAAUACGAGGUGGAGCGAAAGAAGGAGCAGAAUGAGCAGAGAGAAAAGGAGGAGGGGAGGAAACGCAGACAGAUAGACUUUGAGGAGGAGCUGAGGCAGAUAGAAGAGGACAAUAGGCAUCGCCCUACAGGCAUGGAGGAGCUGAGAGAAAGAGAGGCAGAAGAGAAGCUUCAACAAGAGUUUUUCAAACAGCAGGAGCUGAUCAGCAGCCUCCAGAGACAGAUGGAGGAGGAGAGGAGGGCCUUUGAGAAGGUGCAGGAGGAAAAGAGGAGGAAGACCCAUCAGUCUCGAUGCAGGGCGGCCAUCACUAUCCAGGCUGCCCUCAGAGGCGUCCUGGCACGCCGGUGGACCAGGGCUGAGCUCCACCGCAGAAGAGAGGAACAAAGAAGGUCUGAGGAAGAGAGGAACAGGAGGGAGGAGAGGUGGAGGAGGGAACAGGAGGAGCAGCGGCUGAAGCAGGAAAAGGAAAACAGAAGGAGAGAGUUGGAGGAGCAAGCACUGAAGAGGAGGAGCUUAGAGUAUGAGAGAGCCAAAGAAGAGGAUCGAGUCCGUAUGGCGAGAGAGAGACAGGAUGAGGAGGACAGAAGAAAGAGGGAGGAUCAGGAGAACAGAAAGGAGGGAGAGAGAAGAAAAGGGGAGGAGAAGAGAAAGAAGCAUGAAGAAGAGAAGAGAAAGAAAGAAGAGGAGAAGAGAAAGAAAGAAGAGGAGAAGAGAAGGAAAGAAGAGGAGAAGAGAAAGAAGGAGGAGAGGAGAGAGAAGGAGGAGCAGAUUAGGGAGGAGAAAGACAAGCAAGAAAGGGAGGAGGAGCGGAGAAAAAGACAGGAGAAUGAGGAGGAAAAGGAGAAUGAAAGGAAAAGCAAGGAGGAGGAAGAGAUUAGGAUGGAAUCAGAUGAGAGGAAACCAAAGAGCCUGCAAAAGCUGGAGACAGAAAUGGUGAAGGAGGAAAGUCAAAACCCGAGUGAGGAAAAAGCCAGAGAGGAGAAAUCAGCUGCCACUGAAUGUUCCCCCACUGCCAGCUCUCCCCCCAUUGACCCCAGCACCUCAGCCCCACAGUCUGCCUUUGAGCGUAUGAGUGUAUUUCUACCAGAGCAGACGGAGCAGAGGAGACUGGCCUGGAUGAGGGACUGCACUUCCUGGUCCAAACUCUCCCUGCAGAACAAGAGGAAGCAGCAGCAGGGGGUCAGGACCCAGAGGAGGAGGGGGGCUAGGAGGGCCGCUGAGGGGAGCAGUUUACCCCUCCUCUGCCCAGAAACACUCCUUCAGUCUGGGGCCUGGAACUCCACUCAGGAGGUGACCACAGUUGUUCUGGAGGAUCUCCCUGGCUGUAGCCUCUCUACUUUGUCCCAAUGCCCCAGACUGCAGACCCUCACCAUGAGACGCUGUGGCCUUAAAUCCCUGGAGGGCCUCAGUCAAUGCACAGAGCUUCGCUACAUCGAUGUACAGGACAACUCAAUCACGUUUGUGGACUGUGAGAAUCUGGCUAACCUCCAAGUUCUUCGACUUGGCCGGAACCGUCUGACAUCCAUCCAUGGUCUGGCUGGUGCUGUGGAUCUGGACGUUCUGGAGCUCUCGCACAACUCCAUCACCCGUAUCGGUGGUCUGGAGCCAUUGAAGAGGCUGCAGAAGUUAUUGUUGGACCACAACCAGCUGAUCAGUACUAGAGGACUGAGAGAGGUGUACACGCUGCUACACCUGGACUUGUCUCACAACCAUCUGUCCAGUGUAGAGGGCCUGGACAACUGUGCUCUGCUCAACACCCUGGACCUGACAGGAAACAAUCUGACUGAGCUACCCAGUCUGAGGAACCAGGUCCUCCUGGUGGCGCUCCAUCUGGAGGACAACAGCAUCUCCUCACUGGAGGGCCUGACAGCCUGCUGGCUCCCCCUGAUGCAGCUCCUCUCUGGGGCCCAAAACAGUAUAACCCAACUGCCAUCACUGUGUCAUUUUGUGUCACUGGAGAAGCUGGACAUCAGAGACAACUGCCUCUUAGAGCUGCAGAACCUGUGUGAGAGUCUGCAGGGAUGUCCACUCCUCCGAGAGGUCCAUCUCACUGGGAAUCCCCUUCAGCAAGAGUCCAUGUGGAGGUCCAGUCUGCAGAGGGCUGUGCCGGGUCUACAGGCCAUAGACGGGCAGCCUGUCGGCUCCUCUCCAGCGCUCCCUGGUCCUGGUCUAGUCACGGCCCUGCUGCCUCAGAACAGCUUUCUAGCCUUCUGUCAGGCACAGCUCCAGCAGCUCCACACACUGCAGCACAGCCACACGGCACAACUCAGCGGUGCUCUCCCUCCCCUGGAUGCUCUGAGGCUCUCCCUCCAGCUCCAUGAUGAAGCUGUACAGCUGGCUGAGGAGCACAGAUACGCUCACGAAUAUGGAGACACCAGCAUCACCGACAAACAAGAUGACAGUCACAGGAGUGACACCGCCAGGGUUAGCAGGAUCCCUGCCGAAAAGUCUGAUGUAGAGGGUAUGGACAGACAUGGUGGUGUCAUGAACAGGAAGCAACCUGAAAAUAAGUCCUGUGGAAACACAAACACCUGGCCACAUGUGGUUCCCCUCAUCAGCCCAGCCAAUGACAACAGUGAAAAGCAGCCUCAGCCCCCAGCAUACAGAUCAUUCAGCAGUCUAGGGACUGUGUCCACUAGGCCUGAGUUGAAGCCAGCAACGCCAGCUAGCUACACAAGUUCCAGCUCUACCUUCUCCGAGGAAAAAACGUCCCAUGCCACUGCCAAGCCCAGCAGUUCACCCUUUCCCAAAGCUCACAUCAAGCUGGACCUCAAAAACAUGGCAGCUGUGGUGAUCCAGCGCCACUGGAGAGGACACAGAGGACGUCAGAGGAUCCAGCUGCGUCCACCUCCAGGAGAGGAGCAAGGAGGAAGAAGAGGAAGAGAGAGGGGAAGAGUAGACACAGGACCCAGCCAUACUGGGUCAGAGCAGAGCCGUCUGGAACCAGAUUACGCUGCAACUGCCAUCCAGGCGGUUUGGAGAGGCUUCACCCUGAGGAGGAGGCUGGCUGCUGCUCUGGCCCAGGCUCGGGGCUUCAACCCCGGGGAUCACGAGGCCUUCGAGGAGGUGAACGUGGAUGAAUUUGUCUUUGAUGAGAUGGCACUAGAGAGAGACUGGAUGAUGACUUCGCUGCUGUCUGACGAUUCACCUCCCAAAACCCUCCUUCAUCCUCCUCCGUUCCCAGACCAGCUGCUUGGUCCAAUGCGUCCUCUGAAUCUUCCAGAUGCCAACCAGCAGACCAGCCCACCUGUUCUUCUGUGGAAGCCCAAGCAGGCCUGGAUGGGUGGGGAGAGAACAGAGCCUGCUGAGCAUAGAGUUUCCCUUGACAGCAUCAGCAGAACUAAAUCUCCUGUCUCUGCGUCAGGGCUCAGUGGUCUUUCUGAGAGAUCUCCUGCUUCUGUGUCAGGGCUCGGUGGUCUUUCUGAGAGAUCUCCUGCUUCUGUGUCAGGGCUCAGUGGUCUUUCUGAGAGAUCAGAGAAGAUUCUGGAGGAGUGGGGGUUCAGAGACAGCCACACUGCUCUGAUGAUGCUGAAGAGAGCUCAGAAGAUGAAGUCUAAGAAGCAGAGGCAAAGAAAACUAUUGGACCCAACUGUACGCCUGGCCCUUUUCAGGAACCAUAGCAACCAGCAUGCCCCUAUGGAAGCACCAAAGAAGCCCUCUCCAGAGAGGAGAGACUACAUUAAAGCUCACCAGGCAGAACUAGCCCUGGAGGGAACAGGCAGAUUGGACCAAACACGGUUAAACCAGCAAGCACCAGGGAGGGUGGACCAAAUGCUGUUGAACCAGGACGCAACAGAGAGAGUGGACCAAACACUGGUGAACCAGGAACGGACUUACCAGUGGCUCCACACCCAGCCUGUGCACUCUGACAGCAGACGCCCUGAGAGUGAUGGUUUCCUCCCAGAGAUUGACCCAGACAUACUGAAAGGAGGCAGAGUGCAGCUCGUGGCUGUAGCAGGGUACAGAGAAGGUCCAGACCAGGCCCCAAAGUCGCGGGCCAGUGGAACGUCAACCUCCCCGCCUCACAAAGAACACAAUGAAACUCGGAGAAACUUUAUGGGGCAACUAAACAAAGAAGCACCUUCUCCCCAAAGAGUGACCUCUGCCUCAUCUAAAAAGGAGCGCAUGUCUUUCCGGGAUAACCCUGUCCAGAUGAGUGGUGGCUGGGGAGGGGGCAAAAAAAGGGACAAACUGCACAAGUAACAAGACAUUUGUUAAUUACCAAGAAACUGGUUUAGCUUUAUUCACUGUAUGUCCAAAACAGUAAGCAUGACAACCAUUAUUCUGUUCACAGUAACGUUUUGACAGUCCCAUACAGUAUAUGUAUUAUGUUGACAUUUCAUUCAUUCUGCAACGUUUUACUUUUCUCCCCUCAAAAGUUUUCAUUGUCAUUAAUCUCCUAUACUAAAAUGUCAUGCAGCUGCCUUUUCGCUCUCAGAUCUGGCUUGGCCUCCGUGGGUCUUCUGAAAAUUAAUUAAAAGCAAUGGGAGAAGCCCAGCCCAAAUAUCUGCAGGCGUUUUCAUGCUGGUCAUUAUGCAUGGAUAUCGCUGCCUUAAUGCGACCUCAGCCAACACCGGAACGCAUGGAGCAAAGUCCCAAACGCUCAACAAAUCACACGCUUAAUAUGCAGACAAUGGUUAGAAAUAAGAAACAGAACAUUUCUAUUCUAAUUGUUAGUAUGUUUGUAUUUUGAUUUCAUUUAGAUUUAUUUUACAAGCUUACCAGUCCAGUCUCUGCUGCUGUGGCCUUUGGUAAAAGAAAAUAUAGAAUUUAGAAUUGGGUCCCGUGUGGCUGAGUUGGUAGAGCAUGGCACUUGCAACACCAGGGUCGUGGGUUUGAUUCCCAUGGAGGACCAGUAUCUAGUAGCUGGAUAAGAGCAGCUACUAAAAUGUAUGUGUAGAAGGUGUCUUAUCUUAGAUGUUGCAUGUCUAAGAAAAAAUGUGCUUUUUUAAUGCUACUUGUUUCUUGCUUAAGUUGAUGAAGUGGCACUUUUACUCAGCUGUUAAUAAUCAAGAUAAAUACAUUUUAGAUUCUAAAAUAAUGAUUAAAUUCAAGUUUAUUUUUUGAUUUUACUAUCAUAUAGACUGAGUGUUCAAAACAUUAGGAACAACUGACAUAGGUGAAUACAGGUGAAGGCUUUGAUCCCUUAUUGAUGUCACUUGUUAAAUCCACUUCAAUCAGUAUAGAUGAAGGGGAGAAGAAGACAGGUUAAAGAAUUAUUUUUAAGCCUUGAGACAAUUGAGACAUGGAUUGUGCAUGUGUGCCAUUCAGAGGGUGAAUGGGCAAGAUAAAAGAUUGAAGUGCCUUUGAAUGGGGGGGUAUGAUAGUAGGUGCCAUGCGCACCGGUUUGAGUGUGUCAAGAACUACAACGAUGCUGGGUUUUUCACACUCAACAGUAUCCCGUGUGUAUCAUGAAUGGUCCAUCACCCAAAGGAUAUCCAGCCAACUUGACACAACUGUGGGAAGCAUUGGAGUCAACAGGGCUUUCGACACCUUGUAGAGUCCAUGCCCUGACAAAUUGAGGCUGUUCUGAGGGCAAAGGGGAAGGUGUUCCUAAUAUUUCGUACACUCAGUGUAAAUACAGUACACAGUAGAGUCUGCCGAUUUGGACUAAAUCUGGAGUUGCAGAUAUCCAGAGAUGUUGCCAGACAGCGUGUCAGAGCAGCCGCAGCUUUGAGUAAAGCGCAAACAUUGGUGUUACAAUUGUGUUUUUUAUUUUUUAUUACCAAUGGUUCUUGUUCUGUGUAUUUGAAUUUGGAUUUCAGAUUCCAUCCAACCACAAACACUGCCUUACCAAAGCGGCUAACCCUGGGGUUGAAGGUUCAUUGCUUGUCUGUUGGCUGUAAAUGAUCUGUUAAUGAAUGUGAAAACAAAUAGAUGGAGCUGGAGAGGAGAGUGGCUCCCUGGCAGGAAAUGCUUGUCCCUCUAUUUAUUUUAUCCUCCCUUCACUUUCAUAUUUCUCUCUCUGGUCUCUGGUGGGGUUUUGAUUGUCUUCAGCCCAUCAGGAAUUUAGUCUACAGACAGGACCAGUGCUGUAUCAUGACUAGUACCAGUUGUGCUGGUGGUGGUCCUUCCCAGCCCAUUAGGACUGUUAUGGUUUGAAACCCAAGAGCACUGUUCUCCUUCAGGGGGAGAUUGAACUCCUGUCCCCCUCGGGAGAAGCCUGGGGCUUUUACCUGGUGAUUAUUUUCUCUUUUGGCACAUAGCAUGGUGUUAUCAGCAAAUAUUUGGAAUGGUGAGGAUUCUAUUGUUUACCCUGUCCACCAAACACUGUCUUCCCAUAAGUUAGUUGUUGUUUUGCUUAAAUGAACAUUAACAUCGACUAAUACGUCAAUACAUUUUCAGGCCACUCAUUUGAAGGACUUUUCAUAAUGCUCAGGAUGUACUCACCUAAAUACCCUUACGUGUGUUGCUAGGAUUGGGUGUGUCUGUCCCAGUUGGUUUAUCUCCCAUUAUUAUCUUUAACAGGACGUUGUUAAAUUCUGACUGUAUGCUGUCUUUCAUUAUAAAGUAGUGGAGGAAUUCACUCCUCAACGCCUGGCUGCACACAAUGUCUUCAGGUCCUGUAUCCGUUUAUUUGCCUAAUAGAUUUCAUUAUACGUAAUCACCCCAAGCUCACAUUUGUGGUAAAAUAAGUGUGUCAUAUAUUAGUCAUUUAGACAAGAACAUUAGAGGGUUGAGAGAGACAAGAUAUCAUGAUGUGAGUCUGUCUGUUCCAGAUAUGUAGGUUGAUGUUUAUUGUUAGGAGUUUUAUCCUGGAGGCAGAACUAAGAGAUUUCCCCUUAAUCAGGCCAGCUGCAAAGUCGAAAUUGGCUAUAUUGUAAAAAUGAAUGAAAUCAAAAAUAGGCUUUUUGGUCUUAAUUUAAGGUUUAGGUUAGGCAAUAGAGUUAGCAGAGCGGUUAAGGUUAUGUUUAAAAUCAGAUUUUAGACUUUGUGGCUGUGCUAGCUAGUGAGCACUCUGUAGGGCAGCCUCCAGAACAAGAUUCAUGAUGAAAAACGCUUGUAUAACAGAUAAAGAUGGAGGCCUGAAGAAGAGCCCGGUGUCAAACUGUUGUUAUCUUGUUCUCUAGUCUAUCUAUGCCAAUGACUGUAUAAAACCAUCAUUCACAUAAACACCAUUCAUUCCUAUAUGAAGACUCAAUAGCGCAAUGAUUGUCUUCGGUCAUGAACUCCCGUGGUGUCAAUAUUUUUUAUUUUUUUAUUUUACCUUUAUUUUACUAGGCAAAUUCUUAUUUUCAAUGACGGCCUAGGAACAGUGGGUUAACUGCCUGUUCAGGGGCAGAACGACAGAUUUGUACCUUGUCAGCUCGAGGAUUUGAACUUGAAACCUUCCAAUUACUAGUCCAACGCUCUAACCACUAGGCUACCCUGCCGCCCCAACGAGAAGGGGCAGUCAUUCUCCUCUGAUCUAGGCAGAGUAGAUAGAAGCCAAAUAACUGGCCUCUGCAUGGGCAGGGUUGUGUUGCAGUAGCGCAACUUGCGGGGAGGAUGAAGGUUAUGAUGAAUUUGAUUGAGGGGGAAAAAAUGACCCACUGUAAAGGGCCAAGCAGCUUCUGGCUUUAUGUGGCUUUGCACCACAGUGACGGUUCAAAACAGACUCUGGGACAAUAGAUACAAAAUUCAUAAAACCAUUGUACAUCCCCCAAAAAUUCUAAAGCAAUGAGGCUGAUGCAACAGAUCAGAACGUUUAGCCUAAAAUAUUGAUUAAACUAUUAUUUCUUCACAUUAUUAGUGCAGCAAUGCGCACUUAGAGAACAUGUGAGAGUGCUGGUUUCAAUGGCAUAAGGAAUUGUUUCUAAAAAUAAUUCCCUCAACAUGUCUAUGGUCUGAUUUUGGCUAGGCUACUUUGAAGCAAGGUAAGACAUGCCUCAUAAAAUGACAUAAAAUCCCCAGGCAACAGGCACUGGCCUUGCUCUCUGCACUUGUGACCAUUUGGUCUGAACGAACCGUGCCUCGAGUAUGUCAACAGAAUCAAGCCUUUCGACUUUAAUGUUAAUUAUCCUACAUUAUAAUUGUCAAACAUAACUGGCGUUUAGCAUAUAUUUAUGUAAUUAAAAGUUUGGCUACAUUUUCUGGCGCCUCCCUGAUGUCAGCAUCAGUGUGGACAUGAGAGGCUGUAAACACAUAUCACCUAGGCUACACUUUGAGAUGUAGGCUAAUUAUUUAUUACAGGUAACUGCCACAAUAAAGGAAACACCAACAUAAAGUGUCUUAAUAGGGUGUUGGGCACCAGAGCCAGAACAGCUUCAAUGCACAUAGAUUCUACAAGUGUUUGGAACUCUAUUGGAGGGAUGUAACACCAUUAGAUGUUUUGUUGAUGGUAGUGGAAAAUGCUGUCUCAGGCUCCACUCCAGAGUCUCCCAUAUGUGUUCAAUUGAGUUGAGAUCUGGUGACUAAGACACACACCCUAUGAUCAUGUGAGAUCCUUCCCCUCUAUCUAAAUCACUUCUAGCUGUGGUAAUGUAAAUAAGGGGCAACUGGGAAUUUUUAUGCAUGACCCUAAGCAUGAUGGGAUGUUAAUUGCUUAAUUAACUCAGGAACCACACCUGUGUGAAUGCACCACCUUUCAAUAUACUUAAUAUCACUAAUUUACUCAAGUGUUUCCUUCAUUCAGUUACAUGUACAUUUAUGCUAAAUAGAUUACAAUAUUAUUCCAAUGUUGGUGUCACGUUCGUCGUAUGAAUCAGACCAAGGAGCAGCAUGGUAUGCACACAUUCUUUAUUAUAUUAAGAGUGAACACUGAACAAACUAAACAAAAUAACAAAACGACACUUGAAGCUAUACAAAUUAGUGCUGACAGGCAACUACACAUAGACAUACAAAAACCCUAGAUGACAAAAACCCUAGACAUACAACAACUAGAUUACCCACCCUAGUCACACCCUGACCUAACCAAAAUAUAUAGAAAAACAGGGUGUGACAGUUGGCCUUUUUAGGGGCACAGGUUUGAAUGUGAAUUUCUGGUUCAGUUGACAGCCCCAUUGUUCUGUUUCAGUUGUACUCCUAUUAGCAUUUUAAAUAACUGUGAUUGACCUGUCCUAGAGUAGACCCAUGUUGGCAUAUCAAAACUAAGUAUUUAAUUUGGGAUGGUUCAUCUUCAGUUUGGGACAGUUGAAAUUGUACUUCGGGAACAGAUUCUGGGACACGAUGAAAAGUAGGUUUGAGGAGUUAGUGAGGUAAGUUUGGUCAACUCUGAGUUCAACUCGGGAUGACAGGUCAUACAAAAGUGGCUCCACCUUUUAGCCAGUUAAAUUUCUAUGGAAACGAAUCCUGCUCCUGGGCAUGCUAUGUCACGGUUAACUCCACAUUCCCUCCCUCUUGCAAAGAUUGCAUCAGCAUCCCCUUGAUUUGAGGAAGAUAACUGAUUAAGUAUUUUAUUUUAUUUCAGAAUGGGUAGCAAGGAAUAAGUUAGUCCUAAAUAUUUCCUAAACUAAAAGCCUUGUAUUUGAGACAAAUCAUUCACUAAACCCUAAACCUCAACUACAUCUUGUAAUGAAUAAUGUGGAAAUUGAGCAAGUUGAGGUGACUAAACUGCUUGGAGUUAUCCUGGAUUGUAAACUGUCAUGGUCAAAACAUAUUGAUACAACUAGCUAAAAUGGGGAGAAGUCUGUCCAUAAUAAAGCAUUGUUCUGCAUUCUUAACAACACUAUCAACAAGGCAGGUCCUACAGGCCCUGGUUUUGUCCGCAUCUGGACUACUGUUCAGUAGUGUGGUCAGGUGCCUCAAAGAGGGACUUGGGAAAAUUGCUGUUGGCUCAGAACAGGGCAGCACGGAGAGCUGACAUUAAUAAUAUGCAUGUCAAUCUCUCAUGGCUCAAAGUGGAAAAGAGAUUGACAUCAUCAUUACUUGUUUUCAUAAGAGGUGUUGACAAGCUGAAGGUACUGAGAUGUCUGUUUAAAAUAAUAGCACACAGCUCAGACACCCAUGCAUACCCCACAAGACAUGCCACCAGAGGUCUCUUCACAGGCCCCAAGUCCAGAACAGAUUAUGGGAGGCGUACAGUACUACAUAGUGCCAUGACUACAUGGAACUCUAUUCCACAUCAGGUAACUGAUGCAAUCAGUAGAAUCAGAUUUAAAAAGCAGGUAAAAAUACACCUUAUGGAACAGCGGGGACUGUGAAGUAACACAAACAUAGGCACAGACACAUGCAUACACACACAUGAUUGCCCCCCAUCUAUCUUCAGAGCUCGUACUGUUAGGUGACCUAAAUUGGGACUUGCUUAACACCCCGGCCAUCCUACAAUCUAAGUUAGAUGCCCUCAAUCUCACACAAAUGAUCAAUUAACCUACCAGGUACAACCCCAAAUCUGCAAACACGGGCACCCUCAUAGAUAUCAUCCUGACCAACCUGCCCUCUAAAUACACCUCUGCUGUCUUACAUUUACAUUUAAGUCAUUUAGCAGACGCUCUUAUCCAGAGCGACUUACAAAUUCGUGCAUUCACCUUCAACCAGGAUUUCAGCGAUCACUGCCUCAUUGUCUGCGUCCGUAAUGGGUCUGCGGUCAAACGACCACCACUCAUCACUGUCAAACGCUCCCUAAAUUACUUCAGCGAGCAGGCCUUUCUAAUCGACCUGGCCCGGGUAUCCUGGAAGGAUAUUGACCUCAUUCUGUCAGUAGAGGAUGCCUGGUUAUUAUUUAAAAGUGCUUUCCUCACCAUCUUAAAUAAGCAUGCCCCAUUUAAAAAAAAAGGAACUAGGAACAGAUAUAGCCCUUGGUUCACUCCAGACCUUACUGCCCUUGACCAGCACAAAAACAUCCUGUGGCGUACUGCAUUAGCAUCGAAUAGCCCCCGCGAUAUGCAGCUUUUCAGGGAAGUUAGGAACCAAAAUACACAGGCAGUUAGGAAAGCAAAGGCUGGCUUUUUCAAACAGAAAUUUGCAUCCUGUAGCACAAACUCCAAAACGUACUAGGACACUGUAAAGUCCAUGGAGAAUAAGAGCACCUCCUCCCAGCUGCCCACUGCACCGAGGCUAAGAAACACUGUCACCACCGAUAAAUCCACAAUAAUUGAGAAUUUCAAGAAGUAUUUUUCUACGGCUGGCCAUGCUUCCCCUACCCGGGUCAACAGCCCUGCACCCCCCACAGAAACUUGCCCAAACCUCCCCAUCUCUCCUUCACCCAAAUACAGAUAGCUGAUGUUCUGAAAGAGCUGCAAAAUCUGGACCCCUACAAAUCAGCUGGGAUAGACAAUCUGGACCCGCUCUUUCUAAAAUGAUCCAUUUCAAUUGUUGCAACCCCUAUUACUAGCCUGUUCAACCUCUCUCAUAUUGUCUGAGACCCCCAAAGGUUGGAAAGCUUCCACAGUCAUCCCCCUCUUCAAAGGUGGAGACACUCUAGACCCAAACUGUUACAGACCUAUAUCUAUCCUACCCUGCCUUUCUAAGGUCUUCGAUCGCCAAGAUAACAAACAAAUCACCGACCAUUUCGAAUCCCACCGUACCUUCUCCACUAUGCAAUCUGGUUUCCGAGCUGAUCAUGGGUGCACCUCAGCCAUGCUCAAAGUCCUAAACGAUAUAAUAACUGCCAUCGAUAAAAGACAAUACUGUGCAGCACUAUUCAUCGACCUGGCCAAGGCUUUCGACUCUGUCAAUCACCGUAUUCUUAUCGGCAGACUUAACAGUCUUGGUUUCUCAAAUGACUGCCUCGCCUGCUUCACCAACUACUUCUCAGACAGAGUUCAGCGUGUCAAAUCGAGGGCCUGUUGUCCGGACCUCUGGCAGUCUCUAUGGGGGUGCCACAGGGUUCAAUUCUCUGGCCGACUCAUUUCUCUGUUUACAUCAAUGAUCACUCUUGCUGCUGGUGAUUCUCUGAUCCACCUCUAUGCAAACGACAACAUUCUGUAUACUUCUGGCCCUUCUUUGGACACCGUGUUAACUAACCUCCAGACUAGCUUCAAUUUCAUACUUCUCUCCUUCCGUGACCUCCAACUGCUCUUAAGAAAAACUAAAUGCAUGCUCUUCACCGAUCGCUGCCCACACCUGCCCGCCCAUACAGCAUCACUACUCUGGACGGUUCUGACUUAGAAUAUGUGGACAAUUACAAAUACCUAGGUGUCUGGCUCGACUGUAAACUCUCCUUCCAGACUCACAUUAAGCAUCUCCAAUCCAAAAUUAAAUCUAGAAUCGGCUUCCUAUUUCACAACAAAGCAUCCUUCACUCAUGCUGCCAAACAUACCCUCGUAAAUUUGACUAUCCUACUGAUCCUCGACUUCGGAGAUGUCAUUUACAAAAUAGCCUCCAACACUCUACUCAGCAAAUUGGAUGCAGUCUAUCACAGUGCCAUCAGUUUUGUCACCAAAGCCCCAUAUACUACCCACCACUGCAACCUGUAUGCUCUCGUUGGCUGGCCCUCGCUUCAUAUUUGUCACCAAACCCACUGGCUCCAGGUCAUUAGUCUUUGCUUGGUAAAGCUCUGCCUUAUCUCAGCUCACUGGUCACCAUAGCAGCACCCACCCGUGGCAUGUGCUCCAGCAGGUAUAUUUCACUGGUCACCCCCAAAGUCAAUUCCUCCUUUGGCCGCCUUUCCUUCCAGUUCUCUGCUGCCAAUAACUGGAACGAAUUGCAAAAAUCACUGAAGCUGGAGACUCAUAUCUCCAUCACUAACUUUAAGCAUCAGCUGUCAGAGCAGCUCACAGAUCACUGCACCUGUACAUAGCCCAUCUGUAAAUGGCCCAUCCCCAUAUUGUUUUUUUUAAAAAUCCUUUGCACCCCAGUAUCUCUACUUGCACAUUCAUCUUCUGCACAUCUAUCACUCCAGUGUUUAAUUGCUAAAUUGUUUGUAUUUGCACUGCUUUGCUUUACCCUGUCCAGGUUGCAGUUGUAAAUGAGAACUUGUUCUCGACUGGCCUACCUGGUUAAAUAAAGGUGAAAUAAAAAUAAAUAAAUAAAGAUGGUAACAUACGCA